UCCGCCUCUACGCCGUAGAUUCUGUCAGCAUAGUACGAUUUACCACGGUGUUUACAUUGCCCUUUACAAAUACGAAAAUCCUUAUUAAUUUUCAUGUUAUCCUUUCCUUCGUUCAUACGAAAAGAUCAGGGACACGAUAAUCAUGUGCAUUUCAAUCACUGGUAUCUUUAAUUAUACUUCGUAAGAGAUGGAGACGUCGAGUGAUUCGAGUCUGUAUAGGUUAGAAGGAUCGGAGAAAAAUCAAACUGGAGGUUUGAUUAUUCGCAAAAAACCCUCUGAUCAUACGUUUAAAAAGCCCCAGAUAUCGAUUUUGGGGCUUGAUAAACUCGCGAAACGGAAGAGGUUAGAAAACUCACUGGAAUUCGGUUCGUCGAAAUCUCCAUCGAGUUCGCCAAGAUUGGAAGUCAAAGAGAGGAAAUACAGGUCAUACGCCGAGGAAACACCAACUCAUACUGGUGGAGUCAAUUCGGAAGCCCAGCAGAGGUUAGAGUCACGUUUAAAGCGUCAGAGUCUAAGUGCACAGGAUAAGAAUCGCAGACACAGAGAUAACGAUGCCAGACGUGACAGAAACAGAGAAAGCGAGCGGAGCAGGAACAGACUUAGCAGUAGACAAACUCCGUUAAGAUUCAAAGAUGAACCACAAACUCCUGUAUUUAAGACAAAGGAUCCAACAUCUAAGAGUAAUUGGGAUGAUGAUGACGACGAGGAGCCAAGGAAAUCAAGUUGGGAUCAUCCCACACCAAAUCUUUACAGCAGCAGAGAUGGUAGAGAUAGCAUCAGAAGUGAAUUUACACCUUCGUAUAAAUAUAAUUCAUGGAAUAAAGACAAAGCUAGUGGCGCUACGCCAAUGGUAGAUGGAGAAGAGAAAGAAUUAUGGGAAGAAGAACAACAAAGGCUAGAUAGAGAGUGGUAUGCAUUAGACGAUGGAGAAAAUCACGCAUUCGCUGAUGUCUCUGAAGAGUACACGCGUAAAAAGGAAAUGGAACUGGAAGCUAAACGUCAGAAGCGUCUCUCUGCCCAACAACGACAGAUAAAUAAGGAUAAUGAACUGUGGGAACGUAAUAGAAUGCUAACGUCUGGAGUUGUGAGUUCUUUAGACCAUGACGAUGAUCCCGACGAGGAAGGGGAGACUAGGGUGCAUCUUUUAGUUCACAAUGUUGUUCCGCCUUUUUUGGACGGUCGAAUCGUGUUCACGAAACAGCCAGAGCCUGUAGUGCCAGUUCGUGAUCCUACUUCGGACAUGGCUCUGGUAGCCAGGAAAGGAUCAGCUUUGGUUCGAGCGUAUCGCGAACAAAAGGAGCGUCGAAGAGCUCAGAAGAAGCACUGGGAGCUAGCGGGAACUCACAUAGGGAAUAUAAUGGGUGUUCGUGACAGAAACAAAGAGGACAAAGAAGAACCCGGGCAAGAAACUGAUUUUAAGGCUGGUCAAAAGUAUGCUCGACAUAUUGGAGCUGAUGAAGUAACUGGAGAAGCCAAGUAUAGACUGAUUCAAUACCAAAGAAGAAGUCUUCCAGUGUUUGCUGUUCGUCAAGAAUUAUUAAACGUUAUUCGAGAAAAUAGUGUGGUGGUUAUAAUUGGAGAAACUGGAAGCGGGAAAACCACACAGUUAACGCAAUAUCUCCAUGAAGACGGUUAUAGUCGUUAUGGGAUAAUAGGAUGCACGCAACCGAGAAGAGUGGCCGCCAUGUCAGUGGCUAAAAGAGUUUCUGACGAAAUGGCGACCACUCUGGGCGAUAAAGUUGGAUACGCUAUUCGUUUCGAAGAUUGUACUUCGAAAGAUACUGUUAUUAAAUAUAUGACCGAUGGUAUUUUACUGAGGGAGAGCUUGAGAGAAGGAGAUUUGGAUCGAUAUAGUGUUAUUAUUAUGGACGAAGCUCAUGAGAGAUCUUUGUCGACUGACGUCCUGUUUGGGUUACUCAGAGAGGUAGUAGCCAGACGCCACGAUCUGAAACUAAUCGUAACUUCCGCUACGAUGGACUCUAGCAAGUUUUCCGCAUUCUUCGGAAACGCAGCUACUUUUCAGAUCCCAGGACGUACGUUCCCUGUCGAAAUACUGCACGCAAAGAACCCAGUAGAAGAUUACGUGGACGCAGCGGUGAAACAGGUCUUACAAAUUCACUUGCAGCCUCGUUCCGGCGACGUAUUGGUUUUCAUGCCUGGCCAGGAAGACAUCGAAGUCACCUGCGAAGCUCUGAAAGAACGUUUAGCGGAAAUCGAAUCCGCUCCCAUGCUUUCAAUUUUACCGAUUUAUUCGCAAUUGCCGUCAGACUUGCAGGCGAAGAUCUUCCAGAGAUCAGAGGGGGGUCUUCGAAAAUGUGUUGUGGCAACUAAUAUCGCGGAAACCUCAUUAACUGUCGAUGGUAUUGUGUUCGUCGUAGACUCUGGUUAUUGCAAACUGAAGGUUUACAAUCCAAGAAUCGGAAUGGACGCUUUGCAAGUCUAUCCAGUGUCUAGGGCCAACGCUGACCAAAGAGCUGGAAGAGCUGGACGUACAGGUCCUGGAACCUGCUUCAGGUUAUACACCAGAAGACAAUAUUUGGACGAACUGCUUUUAACCGGAGUUCCAGAAAUCCAGCGAACCAAUCUUGCAAACACUGUGCUGUUAUUGAAGUCUUUGGGUGUCCAAGAUUUGCUAGCUUUCCAUUUCAUGGAUCCUCCGCCACAGGAUAAUAUUCUGAAUUCUCUGUAUCAAUUGUGGAUUCUGGGAGCUCUGGAUCACACCGGACGGCUUACUCCGUUGGGAAGACAGAUGGCGGAGUUCCCACUGGAUCCUCCGCAGUGCCAAAUGCUGAUCGUCGCUUCGCAGCUCGGUUGCACUGCUGAUAUACUUAUUAUUGUUUCGAUGUUGUCGGUGCCUUCCAUAUUCUACAGGCCGAAAGGUCGCGAAGAGGAUUCCGACUCGGCCAGAGAAAAAUUCCAAGUGCCCGAGUCUGAUCACUUAACAUACCUGAACGUCUACAAUCAGUGGAAAGCGAACGGUUACUCGAGUUCUUGGUGCAACGAUCAUUUCAUUCACGCGAAAGCCAUGAGGAAAGUGAGAGAGGUUCGUCAGCAGCUAGAAGAGAUAUUGAAGCAACAGAAGAUGGAAGUUGUGAGCUGUGGAACGGACUGGGAUGUCGUGAGAAAGUGCAUUUGCUCGGCGUAUUUCCACCAGGCGGCUCGUUUGAAAGGAAUUGGAGAAUACGUGAACUGCCGAACAGGAAUGCCCUGCCAUCUUCAUCCGACUUCAGCUUUGUUCGGAAUGGGUUUCACGCCGGAUUAUGUGGUCUAUCACGAACUGGUCAUGACCGCCAAAGAGUAUAUGCAGUGCGUGACCGCGGUGGAUGGCCAUUGGCUUGCGGAAUUGGGACCCAUGUUCUUCAGUGUAAAAGAAACUGGGAGGAGCGGACGAGUGAAAAGAAGGAAAGCCAUGCAACAUUUGCACGAAAUGGAGGGUCAAAUGAAAGAGGCUGAGGAGGAAAUGAAGGCUCGGGCUCAGGAACAACUUGAAAGGGAGCAGGCUUCUAUUAGGAAGAAGGAAAUACUGACACCAGGUAUCAGAGAACCAGGAACACCGGCCCCCUAUCGUAAGACCCCUGGGAGAUUAGGGUUGUAAUUAAUUAUAUAGCGGAUUCUUACUUAUUCUUUUGUUUUUAAAUGGUUUUAAAUAAUCAGAUUCUUAUUCAAGUGGUUCGUUUUAUAUAUUUAAUAAUUACAAAU